UAAUUCUUCAUUUUGCAGCAUCAACUACCAAUGCCAGUCCAGUCUCUACAUCCUCAACUGUUGUCAAUAUUUCCACGUCAGCAGUAGCCAGCAUCUCACAGGAGUAUCCUACGUACACAAUCCUUGGCCAAAGUCAGUACCAGCCAUGUUACCCAAGCUCCGGCUUUGGAGUUGUAACACCAGCAGACAGCAACACCGACAGCGCGGCGUUGGCGACAGCCACGUAUCCGACGGAGAAACCCGGCGCCCUGGCGCCCGCGCGGCCGCUGCAGAGCCAUCCCUCGGGAGAUGCAUCCACAAGCCCCUCAUUGUCAAAAGCAACAGCAAGUAAAGAUUUAGAUGAGCAGACAAGAAAAAACAUCCCUGGGAAGAACAGGGGGAAGAGGAAAGCAGACACGUCCUCCUCACAGGACAGUGAGCUGGAGCGAGUGUUUCUGUGGGAUUUGGAUGAGACCAUAAUAAUCUUCCAUUCACUUCUCACCGGGUCAUAUGCUCAGAAGUAUGGCAAGGAUCCAACUCUAGUGAUUGGCUCAGGCCUGUCUAUGGAGGAGAUGAUUUUUGAAGUAGCUGAUACUCACUUGUUUUUCAAUGACUUGGAGGAGUGUGACCAGGUACACAUAGAUGAUGUGGCAUCUGAUGACAAUGGCCAAGAUUUAAGCAACUACAAUUUCUCCACGGACGGCUUCAGCGGCUCAGGCAGCAACUCGAAUCACAGCUCCUCGGUCGGCGUCCAGGGCGGAGUGGACUGGAUGAGAAAACUGGCAUUCCGCUACCGCAGGGUACGAGAGAUCUAUGACAAAUAUAAAAGUAACGUUGGAGGCCUCCUUAGCCCGCAGAAGAGGGAAGCUCUGCAACGACUAAGAACAGAUAUAGAAGUGCUAACAGAUUCCUGGCUAGAAACUGCGUUGAAGUCCCUGCUCCUUAUCCAGUCCAGAAAAAACUGCGUGAACAUCCUGAUCACAACCACCCAGUUGGUGCCAGCUCUUGCCAAAGUUCUCCUGUAUGGAUUGGGCGAAGUGUUCCCUAUUGAAAAUAUUUAUAGUGCUACAAAAAUAGGUAAAGAGAGCUGUUUUGAGAGGAUCGUGUCACGAUUUGGGAAGAAGGUCACCUACGUGGUGAUCGGGGACGGCCGCGAUGAAGAGGUUGCAGCCAAGCAGCACAACAUGCCUUUCUGGAGGAUCACAAAUCAUGCAGACCUCGUGUCCCUUCACCAAGCCCUCGAAUUAGACUUCCUGUAAGAAGCUGGAGUGUUGGCGUGACUGCAGCUCCUGCAAGCCCUCGCUAGCACCAAAGAUGCAGAAAUCUCAUGCGUUUGGGGACUCAUUUCUCAGCUUGAUGAAGAAAACGUAGCUAAUGCAAACUGUACAGUAACAGGUGACACCAGGUCAUUUCCUCAGGAGCACAGGCCCUGUCAGGUACCAAGGUGUCGUGUAAAGAAGCACUGGACUCGUUGCUUGUCUGAAGAAGAGGCUCGUGGA